GGAAAACGAACGGUGAUGAAACCUUUCAGUGAAAUACAACGUAAAACACUUCCCCAAAAGAAUACUCUGCCAAAGCUUUCACCUGCCUAUAUUUUUUUUUUAGCGGAAUCACAAUAAUGACUGUUCAUUUGGUCGAUUUGUGCAUGAUUUAUACGCAGCGUGACAGACGUGUUGUUUUAAAAACCUCGGAUCUCGUUGAGUGAUAUUCUUACUCAUCAAUUUCUUUCCAUUAUCAGAAGUUUGAACAAGUGUGCAUGUAGCCCUUACCACUCUCUUCAGUGUUUCGAAUGGCAAAGUUGUGCCAAACCACCGUCAACCCACAACGCACCGACUACACCAAAAUCGAACAGUUGGACAGUGGUCAUGAGUUGAGGAAUAAUAUUUGUGAUCUUAUAAUUGUGUUUCUGCAACUUUGACGGCAUUUCAUUCUGUUUGAAAACGUUAUGAGAUACGGAUUCUUUACUGAGAGGUUGUUUUAACGGAGGGAUAUGGCUGCAUUUUGGAAUAACACAAUGAUUCUUCUACCAUGUUUACAUCUUAUCUAUGUAUUUCUUACUGUUGACCAGGUCUUUUCCUCACCAGGUUCAAAACUGGUCUGCGAACGCGAGGGCGAAGAAGUCACACCGUCAAUAUUAAAAGGAAAUCCUUGUAUUAGCUGUUUUUGUAGGAAUAAAGAGGUAGUAUGUAGAAGGGAAGUUUGUGAAGAUCUUGUAGAUUGUGCAUUAGUAAUAACGACGCUAGGAGUCGACUGCUGCGAAAAAUGCAAAGGUUGUCGGUAUAACGGUGAUAUUUAUAAUAGCGGUGAUACAUGGACUGCUCACGAUGACCCGUGUAGGACAUUUCAAUGCCGGGAGGGCGUUAUAACAGCAUCCGUCACGCAGUGUGAACCAAUCGACUGUCCUUUCGGCUCUCAAGUGUUGCCUGGGCAAUGCUGUCCUUCAUGUACAGGUUGCUUUGUAGAUGGAAGACUACGAGCCGAUGGUGAGAAGUUUUCCCGAGAUUCCGAUCCUUGCACGGAAUGCGUCUGUGAAAAUGGAAGAGUCACGUGUUCUAAACAAACUUGCCCCGUCCUUUCUUGCCCCGAAUACCAAGUCGAAACACCAGAGGGAAAAUGCUGCCCAAAAUGUGUCGCUCAACGGAAAGUGUUUGAUCUCGGAGACAGGUGUCUCUUCCGAAACAAUAUCUUUGACGCAGGACAGACCGUCUUCAAAGACAAGUGCACCAAGUGCGUUUGUUUGGAGUCAACAGUUAUGUGUCAUAGAGAAACCUGUCCGUCAGCAUUAAACUGUCCGUCGGGCAAUGUUGUACAGGGAGAGGACGACUGCUGUCCUCGCUGCGAACCUUUAGUGUGUGACGUCAACGGGACCAAAUAUCAGGAUGGUGACGUGUGGCAUCAAUCUGUGUGUGAAUCCUGCAGCUGUAACAACGGACUUGUACGAUGCAGAGUGGAAGAGUGUCGUUUGGAUCUUGAGUGUGAAACGAAUUUUGAACUGAAGACGCUCGAAGGAGAUUGCUGUCCACAGUGCAUAGAAAAAAAUGGAGUAUGCACAGUAUUCGGCGAUCCACACUACCGCUCUUUCGAUGGCCGACUCUUCAAUUUCCAGGGCCGUUGCAAGUACCUUCUGGCAGCCGACUGCAGUACCAAUGACUUCCGGGUCAGGGUUCGCAACGAUGGCCGCAACACCAAAUCCUUCUCCUGGACAAAGACGGUGUUUCUGACCCUUGGAAAACACUCAAUCACUCUGCUUCAAGACUAUGUCGUCCGUGUCAACAGGGAGACUAUUACAGUUCCUUAUAGCAUCGACACAGCGUUUAGGAUAUACAAAGAUAGUUAUAACGUCAUAGUAGAAACAAAUAUAGGUAUAAUUCUAUCGUGGGACGGGGACAGUUUUGUGGAAUUGUCGGUGCCGCCCCAGUACAAAAGCAAGAUGUGUGGUUUGUGUGGUAACUACAACGGGGACCGUCACGAUGAUUUAAGAACUCUCAAAGGCGAGUUUACGAACGAUGUAAGAACGUUUGGAGAAUCGUGGAGAGUCGGCGGAAAUAAAUUUUGUGAUAGGACAGUGACGAAAGCGUUAAAGUAUUCUUGCUGGGACGACAGCGUUGCAAGAAGACGGGCGCAGAGGGCGUGCCGGACUAUCAAGUCGAAGAAAUUUCAACCCUGUCACGAUGUCGUCGAUUUAUGGGUUUAUUAUAGGUCUUGUUUAACAGAUAUGUGUGAAUGUCAGGAAGACAGACUAUGUUCGUGUGAGGCAGAAUCAGCUUACAUCCGGGAAUGCCGUAGACAGGGCGUUGAACUCAACUAUACCCAGAAUGCAUUGUGUUCAGAUAUGUCAUGAUAGAGAAUACGUACUAUGCUGCUCAGUCUGUAUCUGCAUUGGUAGCUGCUGAAGGGAGUUCGAACCACGACCUUCCACUGGAAACAUGCAAAGUGUCAAACCUCAAGGUCGUGUGAGUCUGUCGAAGUCAAUUGUGAUCUGUGACGAAAGCUGCAUAGCGCCAUCUACUGAGCGUCUUAGAGCAGAAAAAUCGCCUGGUCCUGCAUGCAGCGGAGCUUAUAGUCAUCACGAGCUUCAUUUGAACUUCCCACUUAUAGGUCCAUGCUCUGACCAAUCCGGUUGCUGCGAAGAUACUGCGAUACUAAUAAGAGUAAUGACCGUAGAAACUGCGUUCAAAUCGCUCCGUCCAUGUACUCUUCACAUUAAUGUCGUAAUGCAGUCCCUUUGAAUGACAGAAGGAACUGAUUAUCUCACAAUAUUACAUUAGUAUUUUCUUAAUCUAAGCUGUUCAAUAUAAUUUCUUUUUAUUUUCAACGAUGAUAUUUACAAAUUGACACAUACAGUGAAUAGAAAUGAUGGAAUCAUAACCAUAGGAAUUGGAAAACACAAAUUGUUUAGAAAUAUUCCUUUUCACUUUUGAUUAUAAACAUACCACUAAUUUCAUGUUUUAUGAUUAACAUAAUUAAGAUGACUUGGCGGAAUUAAAUUUCUACUUGAAGUUAUUAUUUAUGUGGAUAUUAUUGGGGCGCCAUUAAUAUACGACAUCAUCAUGCAACAUUUGGUCAUGUUGGUGAUUUUAAUACUGUUGUAGGCUACGGGUAUUAUUUAUUUACCAAAAUCACUUUAAUUUUCCAAUAUCCGCAAAUUUGAGCGUGAUCAGGGAAAUAUGAUUGCAGGAAUAUAUUAUUUUUUUCUCAUUAUAGCAAGGGAAUGUUAUGUUAAUUGCAUGUUCUUUGAUUUAUAGCAAAAGAAAAUAGUUCAAACAGUUUCCACACCCUUGUUUCUCCUUUUGGGUGAGAUCAAGACUUUGAUAUAUAUCUUUCAAAUUUGUAUUAUGUCGGAGUAUAAAUACAUAGGCCUAAUAAUCAAUAAUUAUUACAUUAUACUUUUCCCCUAUCAUGAAAGGAUGAUUUAUUUUGUGAUUACUCUUUGAUCUAUUGAACUAACACAAUAAAUAAUUCAUUUUUGUAUAACGAAUAAUGACAACGUGCCAGAUAUGUGCAAUAUGAUAUUUUCCAUUGGUUAUAAAGUCGAGAAUAUUACAUACCGUCAUUGUAUUGCAGAAAUUUGAGGAGGUUUAUUUGUCAUAUUUUCUUAAAAUGUAGGCGUACAUUUGCUGGAACUAAAUUUGCUCCGAAAGUAAACUCGGUAUCGAAUAGGGUGCACGGAAUUAAUCAUUAUUUUUUUCGUUCGUCAAGGGGUUCGUUUUCAUCGUUUGAUUAAUAACACUCUUUGAACCUUCUCUUACAAACUUUCUCCGAACACCAUUUAACACCAUUCAAUCGACAUGCCAUAGGUCAGGUGGUUUCCUGUUUCGUUUGGAAAAAAAUGGUAAUGAAUUAUGAAUAAAAUUUCGUCAUUACUUUUGUUUAUAGUCUCAAUGUAGAGUCUCAUGUAAAGUAGAUUAUAUAUGUUGUGCUAUUUCAUGACGCUUCUCAGAAGUUUGCGUCAAAAUGAAAACAACAGAAAAUCAAAUUAUUUACUUUAGCUAUGAUUCAGUAUUGUACUUUCUAUGAGAGAUGUUUGUCAGAAAUUGCAUUAUUCCGAUGGUGCUAAAGAUGACAUAAUUACCUACUGUAUUAUAUACAAGUAAAGCGUAGUUUAGUUUCGUCUGUGUUUCGAGGUAUUGAGAGAGUACAAAAUAUUUAUUUCGGCUAUGUCGACAGUAAAAAAUGAAAUUAGUUUCAUUAUGGUGGUAUAGUUUUUGUCAUUAAUCUGUAUGUACAAAGCAAAUUUUUUAUGAACCUACCUCUUCUACCAAUCUUGUAAAUAUCUUAUUAUCCCCAUUUUCCUAAGUCAAGUAAUUGGUAUAUUAUGUAUAACAUAGAUAUGUAUAUCUGAAUUUUACAGUUUGGCUUUCAUGUUGAUGACGUCACUGAGGUCAGAGUUGAAUGCGACUUUGGACUUUGUUACGUGAACUUGUUUCAUGUGGAGCAUGGAUGGGAAGUUGAAUACUCGAUAUGUUAUUUUUGUGAAUUGUACAUUUUCACUAGUUAAAACUAUUGGUCUUCUUUAUAUAUUUUUCUGUCUCCUGUUUCGGGGAGUCGAAAAACUGGAAAGGAUUUAAGAAAAGUCCAUAAUUUUUGUUUGUAAUUCGUAAUUAUGUUAAGACCAAUUUACCUACGCAAAUCACUCAUACCCACAUAUUUUGUCAUUAUCAUUCUAAAUUAGGUCAUCAUGGUCAUGGCAUAUCUAAUUUUUAAUAUGAAUUCUAAUUUAUUAUUGAAACGAUUAGAUUCUGUAGCUGUACAUUCCCUGUCCAAUCGUGAUUGCUUCCUUGUUGCGGAAGGGAAAAGUAAGGCGUCUUUAUAAAAUCAGUUGAUAAAAUUAAACCUACAAAAAAAAUACGAAAAAGAUUCCCCAUUGGUUGUACGAUCUUUUUGUUUUGUGGCAAAGAGUACAUGGCAUUACUCCAUUUGCAAUGUCUUUAUCAAAGUGACAUUAUAGUAAGGUUGUUAAUGUAUUCUAAUGAAAAUGCCCAUGAGAUUAUAAAUGAGCCCGGAGGAAAUAGCACGACAGUAUUCUUUGCAAUAUGUACCAUAAUGAUCAAAGAUAUUAAUGCUAAUUUGAAAUAGUUUAAUGCCAUCUAUGAUGAAUCUAAUAUUUCAUGCCAAAUUUAUUUUUAACUAUGUCAACAAUGUAAUCACGUGGUACAAUCGAGUAUUUCUUUGCCUCGAUGGGUAAAAGUAUAAGGACUAUGACGAUCUUAUUCUAUUUGGACAGGGGUGAUUAUUAUUUUCCAUGAAUAAUUAAGCAGUUUCAAUAUAUUUUGCUUCGGUAAAGUCAUAAAUAUGUAUCAUCAUGAAUUACAUACUCAUUUAUGGCAGUAUAGAUUUAAGUUAGGAAGUUUGUGAAUUAUGACGGGAGCUUGGAUGAUGGUUGCGCGGAGAACUAAACAAAUCCACGCUACCACACAUUGUGUUUCUCGUUUUUCAUGCUAUCAUUCAGAAAAAAAAUAGCGUCUGAUUUGUGAAGAGGAUGAGAGUUUACCACUACGCUCCGUAUUGCUGUCUCUAUAUCAGGACUGUUAUAAAUCGUAGACUCCCAAGUUUGGUUCUGAAGAUGUACACUGUUAUUCGAAAUGUAUGGUGCGAGACAUUUUCAUUUUACAUCACAAUCAUGACAAAAACGCGAUAUUUGUACUUUGUCAUUUCCAUUCUGUUUCUUAGUGCUUAUAAGUAUUCAUCAAAUAAAUCUCUAUUCAAUUAUUUAUUCAUUUCACUUUCAAUUGAUAUUUGUAUCCGUAGCAUGCGUAUGGAAGCAUUUCAAAUGCGUUGAGUAUUAUAUUUAUGUGAUGUAGCAUAAUACUCGAUUCAAUCAAGAGGGUUCGAUUUGAUUUAUUUCAUUCGGGUAUGUACCUCUGUUGUUAGAAAUGCACAUAUUAUUGUAUAUUGCGUUGGGCUGAUUUUUUUCGAUGUAAAUUGAAAAAGUAUUAUUAUCUUGACAGUGUUUCAUUUCUCUGAUCCUGACAGUUGUAAUAUAUUGAUGAUGUAUACAUUAAAGAUUAUUUUAAUAUAA